AAUUUCGCAAUUAAAUGCAAAUUUGCAGCAUCUCUUUCUCUUUCUCCGCCGGCGAAUUUCUAUUGCUUCCUUCUCCGUCAAUUUUAUCACCGGCCGUCUGUACCCUCCGUUCACAUUCAAACCGCGACUGGUGGAAUCAUUGCCCUUAGUUCCUGAGUCACCCCUCAAAGACUGAAACUUUAAAGUAUGACUUUGAUGGGAAAUGAGAGAUGAUCACUAGUUCGAUACAAAGAUGUCAUGGAUGAAAGGUAAAUCAUCUGGUUGGACUGCGUUUGAUCUCAAGCAGAGACAGAAACAAGGUCUUGAAAGCGAGGUCAAAGAUGAUGAUCCAUUCCCACCUGUCUCAACUAGUGUUAAUGCAUCCUUAAGUGUAAGAGGAAAGUUGAGAAGAGACCAUGAACCUUCUGAAAAGUCUUUUUCAUCCGUGCUCUUACCUCCUUCGAGAUUUCCCGCAUUGACAGAGAAUAAAGAUUGCGGAAACCAAGAACGAGGUGGAGGUUGUAAGAGAAAACCGGGCACUUCGAUUCUGCCAGUAAACAGUCAUGAUUCAGCCUUCAGGAAGCUGAAGGAAAUGAACAGCUGGGCGGAUGAUAACUUGAUAAGGGAUGUAUUGUUAUCCACCGAAGAUAAUUUUGAGAUGGCCUUAGAUUUUUUGAAAGGAAUGGUUUCUUCUGGUAAGGAAGCUGAGGAGCCAACUUGUAAGAUUGAGGGUUAUUCAUCCGAUAACAGAAGAUCCGAAUAUAAAACAAUUGGGAAAACUGUUACAAGUUCAGUGAAGAUGGCUGCAAGGUCCACAUUUGAGGAUGCUGGCGAGUAUAAUUUGCAGAGUGGUGGAAGCUCGUCUCUGGUGAAUGCAUCUGACAGUGAAAAAUUCUUUGAUGAUAUUUCUGAACUAGAUAGUAUCAUUCAACGGCUUCAGUCCAUUCCUAUAGAACCUGAAUGGGAAGAAGAUGAUCUCUACUUGACUCAUCGAAAGGAUGCACUGAAAAUGAUGAGAUCAGCCGCAAACCAUUCAAGAGCUGCUCAAAAUGCUUUUCAGAGAUAUGAUCAUGCUUCUGCCAAGCAGCAUUCAGAGAAAGCAAGAGAGGACUGGUUAACAGCUGAGAAGCUAAAUGCUGAGGCGGCCAAGAAGAUCAUAGGUAUAACAAAUAAGGAUAAUGACAUAUGGAAGUUGGACCUGCAUGGUCUCCAUGCAACAGAAGCUGUUCAAGCGUUACAAGAACGUUUGCAAAAGAUUGAAGGUCACUUCACUGUGAACCGUUCAGUAUCACCAAAUAGAGGUAGGACGAAGAAUGCAGCUCUGCGAUCUGCAUCACAAGAGCCUUUUGGUAGAUUAGAUGUGGAAGGCAUGCACUGUCAAAGAACUUCUUCUAGAGAACUACGAAACUCAUUGCAGGUUGUAACAGGUAUUGGUAAACACAGUCGCGGACAUGCUUCACUUCCUCUAGCCGUGAAGACAUUCUUUGAAGAUAACAGGUAUAGGUUUGACGAGACAAGGCCAGGAGUUAUCACAGUGCGGCCUAAAUUCCGACACUGCUGAAACUUUGAUUGAUCUCAAGCUUAGCAAAUACUUUUGUGUUACUUCAUUGUUGUUGUAUCAUAUCUCCUUAAGACUUAUCAUUCUUCUUUGUAACAUAGUCAGGUUGGCCAAUUAUUUAGUGUAAAAAGGUCAACAAAACAGAAUGUAAUGUGGCAGAGCAAUGGUAUUUGUAGUGAGAUCAAAUGUAACUUAAGUGUGGCUUUUAUAUAAACAAAGAUUGAGUUUCUCA